AUCCAACAUCUAUCGCCAACAACACCCAGCGCUCCACGACAUCAUCACCGCCAUCACCACCACCUCUUCCACCACCACAACAACCCGUUUUCACAUCCAUCCAAAAUGACUGGAGGCAAGUCCGGAGGCAAGGCCAGCGGUGCCAAGUCUAGCGCGCAGUCUCGUUCGUCCAAGGCUGGUCUCGCAUUCCCAGUCGGUCGUGUUCACAGACUCCUCCGCAAGGGCAACUACGCUCAGCGUGUUGGUGCCGGUGCUCCCGUAUACCUCGCAGCCGUCCUCGAGUACCUGGCUGCUGAAAUCCUUGAAUUGGCUGGCAAUGCUGCGCGUGACAACAAGAAGACACGUAUUAUCCCACGUCACUUGCAGUUGGCCAUCCGCAACGACGAGGAGCUGAACAAGCUUCUCGGACACGUUACCAUUGCACAAGGUGGUGUCCUGCCAAACAUCCACCAGAACCUUCUGCCCAAGAAGACAUCUGGUACCAAGCCAGGCAAAGGUGGCGCAUCUCAAGAGCUGUAGAUGCUCCCUCGAGUUUCUUCCAGUUCAAUUUAAGACUACGGCACAAUGGGUUAUGGCGCAGAUGGGGGUUGUUUCGCGAUGAUAAUGGACUCAUCGACGGCGGGCACGAGCGCAGGUUAUGGCGUGCUCUGAAUUUCUUAUUUGCUUACAGCAUGCACGCAAGCUUCUGAUCUGAUCCAGGAGCGAAGGCUGUACAUUAUGCCCAUGAUACCAUAGCAAGACAGCUAUUCGGGCAGCAGGCUUAUGAUGAUACCACAAGAAUCGAUCAGCACUUCAAAACUUUUAAAAACUUG